AUGAGUCUGCGGAAGCAAACACCCAGUGACCUCUUAAAGCAAAUUACAGGACAGCCAGUUGUGGUAAAAUUAAAUUCUGGAGUGGAUUAUCGAGGAGUGUUGGCUUGCCUGGAUGUCUACAUGAAUAUAGCCCUGGAGCAGAUGGAAAAAUAUGUAAAUGGACAACUGAAGAAUAAGUAUGGGGAUGCUGUAUGAGGAAACAAUGUGCUGUACAUAAGUACACAGAAGAGAAGGAUGUGA